CGAUUGAGUUAUUUUAGAUUAAUUCUGAGGAAGUGUAUACUGGCUACGGCAUCUCAAAAUGGACAAACAGUACUCUUGCAGGUUUUUUUUUCUUGUUUUUCAAGCUUUUAAGGGAGUAUGCAAGAACACUCGUUCUGUUCAGCUAGGAGCAAGUCGAGCAGAAGCAUGCUGACGCCUUUACCCAGUCUGUUGGGGGGGGGGCUAUGGGAACGACUAUGGGAACGACGUAGAGUGCAUACCUGUUCAUACUGGUCCACCCAUGACAAUCAGAUCCACAACGCUGCAAGUGGGCCACACGAGACUGAACAGAUGCUAGACCGUGGAAUCACAGUUGACUUAAAAGGCUAAUUGAUCAUUAGAAAACCCUUUUGCAAUUAUGUUUGCACAGCUGAAAACUGUUCUGAUUUAAAGAAGCAAUAAAACUGUCCUUUAGACUAGUUGAGUAUCUGGAGCAUCAGCAUUUGUGAGUUCGAUUACAACCUCAAUGGCCAGAAACAAAUAACUUUCCUCUGAAACUCAUCAGUCUAUUCUUGUUCUGAGAAAUGGAGGCUAUUCCAUGCGAGAAGUUGUCAAGAAACUGAAGAUCUCGUACAACGAAAACAAGGACAUUUCUAAGAGGCUACAACUUUUGAACGAACAACUUUCCGGCAUCACGUUUUACCUCCCCUCUCAAGAUGACGACUUCUCAGUAUGACCUGUCAAACACGCUCCCUCCCCACACACUGACCCGGCUGGCACGGGAGUGGCUGGCAGAGGACACACCAAACUUUGACCCUGCAGGGCUGUGUGUGGGGUCACAUGAGGUCGAGGCCAGGUUGUUGUGUAAAACGCCGUGCAGCAUGCUGGCAGGCAGGCCUUUCUUCACUGCUGUCUUCACUGAGCUCAGCUGCACUGUGGAAUGGGCGCACAAAGAGGGAGCACAGCUCGGUCCAAAUGAGGUGACCCAGACUGCUGUGGUCAGAGGCCCAGCAAGGUGUAUCCUCCUCGGGGAGAGACCGGCCCUCAACUGCCUGGCCCGGGCCUCGGGGAUAGCCACCCGCUGCUCCCAGCUUCAGAGCAUCGCCAGGGAGGCAGGCUGGCAUGGCCAUGUGGCUGGCACGCGUAAAACCACCCCUGGGUUCCGGCUGGUGGAGAAGUAUGCCAUGCUGGUGGGCGGCGUGUCCAUACACAGACAGGACCUGAGUGGGAUGGUGAUGCUGAAAGACAAUCAUAUAUGGGCAUCAGGGAGUAUCACACAGGCGGUGAGGAACGCCCGCUCGGUGUGUGGCUUCAGCAGUAAGAUUGAGGUGGAGUGCGGCAGCCAGGAGGAGGGCAGUGAGGCGGCCACGGCAGGCGCCGACAUCGUCAUGCUGGACAACUUUAAGCCACAGGAACUCCAUGCGGCAGCCAAGCUUCUGAAGGAGGAGUUCCCUUCUUUGCUAAUCGAGGCCAGUGGAGGGGUGACCCCAGACUCCCUGCCCCAGUAUCUCUCCCCCCAUGUGGACAUCAUCUCUCUGGGCUGCAUCACCCAGGGCUGCCCAGUGGUAGACUUCUCCCUCAAGGUUCAAAAGCCUGUUCCCUUUCCAAUUAUUUUCCAAUCAAAGUAACUGUGGCAAUUCAGGAUUUUUGUUAAUAAAGUGAAAAUAAAAAGCAAUGGUCAAUUUCCUCACUUUUCAUCCAGGAGAUGAUCAAGAGAAAAAAAAAUCCAUUAUGACAUUCAGAGGUGACUGUAUGUCUAUGCUGCGUACAACUAAUUUAGACAUCAUUAUUAAAACUGUGAAGACCGUU